AUGGAUUCAGAGCAAGCGAUGUGGGCAAAACAAUGGAUCAAAGAUCACUGUAAUCUGACCAGGUUCCAAACAGGAUAUACAUAUCUGUUUGAAAUUAUCUCCCAGAACAAUACGGUGAUUGUGAACUAUCUGUUUGAAGGUCUUGUCUUGCUUGCUAUCACUGAUGAAAGCGGUCACGAGUUACCUUAUGAUGAUGUAUUGCAUAGUGCUAGAACCAUCGGGUUCUUCAUGGUGACACCACGGAUCGCUGCUCCUUAUUCAGAGAUACUGUGGUAUUGUGCUGGAAUUGAUCUCAACAUGCAAGAAUCAACGACUCCAAACCGUCCUCCAUUUGUCUCAGGUGCAUUGCCAGUAAAAAAGCAACAAGAAGGAUGGGUUGUGAAGUUCAAGGACGGAAGAAGACAGAAGAUUGUUUACAGCUGGUGGAAAGAAGUUCGGCAAGUUACCAAUCUUGUUCACCCACAAAUUGUUUGGUUGCUGGUAAGGCUUGACAAAAUUAAAGAAAUUCUGGGAAACCUACCUAACCACUUUCGUGUUGAGAUUAACCGCAUUAUACGAGCACUCGGGAGGAAAUUCAUAGAAACAGUUAAACACGUCGAAGAACAUCUGAUUAUGUUGCGUAUGAAAUCACGAAAUGUUGCUGGAGAAACUGGGGGGAAAAUGUACGGCGUUUGGGAUGACGCGUUCGAUCUCCUAGUAUCUGAUCAGUCUGAAGAUUCGGAAGACAGUACAAGUGAAGAAGGAUCAUUUAAGCUACGUGAACAAAGCGAAAAACUCUGCUUAGAUGACAACAACAUUAUAGCGAGUGAUUUGACAAGACAAGAUUGCGACGACAAACACAUUGAGGAGGGUACUGUAACAACUGACUUUGUGAAGCUUGCGCGAAAACUUGAUCGUUAUUUUGAUGUAUCUGCAUUUCCAAUUUCAUGGUAUGAAGAUGUGAAUCGUUCGCCAGUUUACAAUCAGAGGAAUGAAAAUUUUCUUCGUUUACCAGUUCUAGACUACAUCUGCCCGACAUCUCCUGCGUUAGACGGCUAUGAACCAAGUGACAACUUCAAGCAAACUUGGUGCAAGGGAUGGAAAACCUUACCAAUUAAUCAGAUGCAAUUUAUCCAGGAAGUUCUUCAAAAGAACCACCUCCACCCUCGAUUUUUACAAUUGCCUGUUGAGGUGAUUUUUUUGGUUCUAGACUUCCUCGAUGGCCAGAGUCUGGCAAUCAUGAGCCAGGUGUGUAUGCAGUUACGGUACAUUGUGAAGUCUUCGCAUGUGCUAAGAAAGAGAAUUUCCUCCAUAGCAAACCCGGAAGAAGUAGAUAAACUGGAUAUGACGACAACAGGAACGACAACGAGGAAUGCCGUUGAGUACUAUGAUUACUAUGAUGACUAUGAUGACUAUGAUGAUGAUUAUUCGCCUCGUUAUUCGCCUGCAGAAUCUUGGGACGGAUAUGGUUCAUAUUGA